UAUGCUGUUACACACACACAGGAGGUAAAGCACUUCCACCUUUGAGGAACGGAGAGGGCUGAGGUCGCUCCGAAGGCCCCUCCCUGGGAGGUUGGGAAAACAUUCCAGGAAAGUAAAGCCGCCCCGAGAAUUAGCAACUCUAAAAGCUCCCAAAAAACUGGACUCUACUCCACUGACUGUGCACUACUUCAAAGUAUAUCCCCUCUUUUAGUCCAGCUGGAGAGCCGAGAGGACGCUAGCACAGCGGUAACAAGGAUUCAAGUACAGGAAGGGAACCGUUGGAAAAUAGUGGACAGAGUCACAGAGGGGAUACGUCCACUUAAUACGGCGGCGAUGAAGCCGGUCAUUGUUCUGCUUGUGUCUAUGGCUUGGGCUUCCACCGGAGCCCAGUACUACCAAGGGCUGAUAGACUAUCUGGAGAACAGGCUGCUGGCCAUAGAGGACCGCAUGGUGCUGUGGCACGAGCAGUCCCACCGCUACCACACGGAGAUGCUGAACUUCAAGAAACUGACGGCCGAGAUGGUGGACGCCGUUGGGAAGGAGCACCGCUACCUAUGGCAGGACCUGGGCGCCGCCGGCGACCGCGUAGAGCGCGCCGAGCGGGAGCUGGACUACCUAGAGAGGGCGACAUCCCCGCGCGCCUGCGUGGACCCGGCAGAUAAGGUGCACGAACAGGGGGUUUGGCGCGCGGGAACGAGCAGGAGGACCCGGGAGCAGGUGGAGGAGGAGGAAGGGGAGUGGGAGGAAGACUGCGUUGACAUCAUCUCCAGCAUCCGCUCGGUCAAGAUCCUGAAGCGGGUGGGCGGGGCCAAGGGCGUGUGGCUGAGGGACCCCCGGACCUCCAAGGUCUACGUGUUCAACGGCACGGCGGGGGACACCGUGCACUGCUUCGACUCCCUGGCGGACCUCUCCAGAUCCCCCGGGGUCGAACGGAACAGUAGCAGCGGCGGCGGCGGCGGCGGCGGCGGCGGCGGCGACGUCAGACUGCCGUCGGCGUGGAGCGGGGCCGGCGCCGCCGUCUACGACGACUACCUCUACCACGUCCACCGGCAGGGCUCGGACCGCCGGGAGCUCCAGCUGGUCAAGUACGACCUGCUGAAGGGCGUGGCCACCGCCACCGCCCUGUUCCCCGUGGCGGACUCCGCCCCCGUCUACGCCCUCAACCCGGAGACGGCGGCUGAUCUGGCGGCGGACGAGCACGCCGUCUGGCUGCUGUUCGCCGCCGGCGAGGACGAGCCAAACGUGCACCUGGCCAAGAUGGACCCGGACACGCUGGACACGGAGCAGAUGUGGGACACGGGCUGCCCCCGGGCGAACGCCGAGGCCGCCUUCGUGGCGUGCGGGACGGUGUACGUGGUGUACAACACGCGGCCCGCCAGCCGGUCCCGCGUGCAGUGCGUGUUCGACGUGAACGGCGUGGUGGUCGGCGAGGAGGCGCCGCUGCUCUACUUCCCCCGGAGGUUCGGGGCGCACGCCAGCCUGAAGUACAACGCUGACGAGAGGCAGCUGUACGCCUGGGACGACGGGUACCAGAUCCUGUACCGGCUCAACCUCAAGCGGAAGCUCCUGGGAGGAACAGGGCGGGGCUAGUGCGUCGGACUGGUGCCACGCUUGUUGUUUUUGUAAAUCACACAAUCUAAAUUGGAAAAUAGCUCAUGAUUAUGAUUUGUAGCGGAUGAGUCCCAUUUCAGAUCGAUCGUUCUAGCUGCAAAUUCACACUGAUGCGCCUUUUCUGUAGCGUGGUAGGAUUGUGACACAGGUUUCUUAAUAAAUAAAUACAUUGUUUACUAGUA